AAUAGGGACCCAAGUUUUGUAUCUCAAACGACAAACAUCGCAAAAAAGUUAAUUUUAGGAGUGUUUUAAGAUCAUUUACGACUUACAACAUCAGAUAAGAAAGGUGACCUGCUCAACUCUACUUCACCUGCCCAGUGUCACGCCAAGUCUCAGACAACAUGUUUUUAUUGUUUAAAUAAAAACAAUUCUGGUUGAGCAUGUCUCUGACAACACUAUGCCUUCAUAUGCUUAAGACAAAGAAACAGAUGAACUCUACUUCAUCUGCCCUGUAUCCCGCCAAGUUCAGAUAGUCAAAUUUAUCAUUAACAUCUAAAAAAAAAAAUUAUGAAUUUUUCCUGCAAUAAUUCAUGAAUCUUAAGCUAUGGAAAACACAAAGGACACUACUGGUAUAGUUUGGGAGAGUUCAAUUAUGGUUAAACAGGAAUUGAGUGAUGAAAUCAUAACAUUUAUGGACACGAAAUCAGAUGAAACAUCAGCUAUUUCAAGUUCAGAAGGAGUACAAACAAAUAUAUCAACACUCUUUUCAAAUUCUGAAGAUAUAAAGCAAAAUGUAUCAACACAAUUUUCAACUGUUAAAGACAAAUACUUGGAGGAAACAAUGCAACUUUUCGGUUUAGAAGAUAAAAAUCAUGAUAAAACAAAGCCUUUGUUUAAUUUAGAAGAGCUGAAGCAAUAUAAACCAACAUUAUUUUCAUCUUCUGAAGACAUGAAACCAAAUCUAUCAACAGCAUUUUCAAUUUUUGAAGAUAUAAAACCUGAGAUAUUAACAAUUUCAUCUUUGGAGAAUGAACAACAAAAUGGUUUCAAAGCACAGCAACAACUUCCUUCCCCACCAGAUUUAAGUGAUUUUAAAGAAAAGUUUGCUGUUUUAAAAUCAGAUCUUCAAAAUGAAUUAAAAGAACUCAAGUUAUUGCAUACAAAAUUGAUUGAUAAUCUCCCAACAGAAUAUCUGAUUAGCAAUAAGGGACUGAAGACAUACAAGUGUGAUAUGUGUUGUCAAAGAUUUUUCCAUUUUGAUCAUGUUAAACAACACAUAAACAUUCACACAAGGGUGAAUCCAUAUGGUCAUGAUUUUCAUCAGCAAGAAGUUGUUAUGAUCAGUCAGGGUGAACAGAUUAACAAAAUAAACCUAGAACAGGUAUACAAUAAGUCUAGUUUGUCUAAAAAGUUCACUUCAGAGUCUAGUUUAUCCAUACACACAAAUAUUCAUUCUGGAAUUAAUAAGCCAUAUGAAUGCUAUGUGUGUCAUAAAAAAUAUCAUAUUAAAAAUCAUUUAGCAAACCAUAUAAAGAUACAUUUAGGAGAAAGACAAUAUAAAUGUGGUGUGUGUCAUAAAAAGUUUGCAAAGAAGAGUAAUUUAUCUAGACAUAAAAUAACUAUCCAUUCUAGUCUCAAGCCACAUGAAUGCGAUGUUUGUCAUAAAAGUUUUGCCCUUAUUUCUAAUUUAUCUAGGCAUAAAAAUAUUCAUUUACCUGAGAGACCAUAUGAAUGUGAUGUGUGUCACAAAAAAUUUAAUCAUAAAAGUGAUUUAUCAAAACAUAAAAAUAUUCAUUUACCAGAGAGACCAUAUGAAUGUAAUGUGUGUCACAAAAAAUUUAAUCAUAAAAGUGAUUUAUCAAAACAUAAAAAUAUUCAUUUACCAGAGAGACCAUAUGAAUGUGAUGUGUGUCACAAAAAAUUUAAUUACAAAGGUAGUUUAUCUAAACAUAAAAAUAUUCAUUUACCAGAGAAACCAUAUGAAUGUGAUGUGUGUUAUAAAAAAUUUAGUCAAAAAGGUUCUUUAUCUACACAUAAAAAUAUACAUUUACCAGAGAGACCAUAUGAAUGUGAUAAGUGUCAUAAAAAAUUUAAUUCUAAAGGUCAUUUAUCUACACAUAUAAAUAUUCAUUUACCAGAGAGACCAUAUGAAUGUGAUGUGUGUCACAAAAAAUUUAAUUUUAAAGGUCAUUUAUCAGAGCAUAAAAAUAUUCAUUUACCAGAGAGACCAUAUAAAUGUGAUGUGUGUCACAAAAAAUUUAAUCAUAAAGAUGAUUUUUCAAAACAUAAAAAUAUUCAUUUACCAGAGAGACCAUAUGAAUGUGAUGUGUGUCAUAAAAAAUUUAGUCAAAAAGGUUCUUUAUCUACACAUAAAAAUAUACAUUUACCAGAGAGACCAUAUGAAUGUGAUAUGUGUCAUAAAAAAUUUAAUUCUAAAGGUCAUUUAUCUACACAUAAAUAUUCAUUUACCAGAGAGACCAUAUGAAUGUGAUGUGUGUAACAAAAAAUUUAAUUUUAAAGGUCAUUUAUCAGAGCAUAAAAAUAUUCAUUUACCAGAGAGACCAUAUGAAUGUGAUGUGUGUCACAAAAAAUUUAAUCAUAAAGAUGAUUUUUCAAAACAUAAAAAUAUUCAUUUACCAGAGAGACCAUAUGAAUGUGAUGUGUGUCAUAAAAAAUUUAGUCAAAAAGGUUCUUUAUCUACACAUAAAAAUAUACAUUUACCAGAGAGACCAUACGAAUGUGAUGUGUGUCACAAAAAAAUUUAAUUUAAAGGUGAUUUAUCAAAGCAUAAAAAUAUUCAUUUACCAGAGAGACCAUAUGAAUGUGAUGUGUGUCACAAAAAAUUUAAUUUUAAAGGUAGUUUAUCUAAACAUAAAAAUAUUCAUUUACCAGAGACCAUAUGAAUGUGACAUUUGUAAUAAAAAGUUUGCUCGUAAGUCUAGUUUAUCUACACACAAAUUUUCACUCAGGACUUGAAUGUGUUGUUGGUCAUUAAAUUCUCUUUCACAAGGAUCUUCAAUUAUCUAUAUAUAAAAUUAUUGCUUUUUUACUAAUACCACAUUGUGUAGGCUGAAAACACACCAUUAAUGUUUGUCAUACAGGAUAUAAUACUCUUCAUAGUAUUAUUUGUCAAACAAAGUAUUAGGAAUGAUUAAUAUGCUAUCUAGACAUUUCCUUUUGAAGAUAAGUAAAAUUAAUGUAUUAUUCGUAACUAAUGUUUUCAAAUUGUGUGCAUCUAUGUUGUUAACAUGAAAUUUAAACAAAGUUAAAAAAGUUAUUAAAAAUGAUUUAACAUGAUAAUUUUUAAAUAUUCACACAAAGGAAGAAACACUUCAUGGAAAGAAUGAAUGUCAUGAAUCACUAUAGUACAUUUAUUAUAUUGUACUAGGUGUUUUUGGCUAGCUUUGUUCUGGUUUUUUGUAAAAAAAAUGAUGCCUAAAUUCUUACCCAUUACAUUACUCAUACAAUAAUACUAACCACUAAUAAACACCAACAUUUUAAAUGUACAAUUAUGAUUUGAAUCAUUGAAGUAAUAUUUACUCUGUAUUUUUCUAUAUUGAAUAUAUUCCAUUUUAUGUAAUUCUAAAUUUUGUAUAAAUAAUUAUAUAACCCAUUAAGUUAGUUAUAAUUAUAAUAAUUGAAGUGAGCAACAAAAUUUAUUAAUUAAUG